CUCUCUCUAAAAAUAAAUAAGUAAAAUCUUGUGUCAUUAAUUAAUUAUACAGACUGCUUACUACGCUCUCCCAACUAGUAAAGCUGAAAAUCCUAUUUCUCUCUUUUCCCUCAGAAUUUCUCCUGUAUCAAACCACCACAUGGAAAUAAUCACUUCCAGAAGCCAAGAGUUAUAUAAAACACAGAACUGAAGGAAAAGUGGAGAAAAGAAAGUUUCAUUUAUAAAAUUGUAUGCACUCUUGCUGGAAGAAAUACAAAGCUGGUAAACCUGGCCUGUUUGUGUAUUCUCUCAACAUUGUUAUCUUCUAGCCCUAGCACCAAAAUAUUCACUGAAGGUUCUGAAAUUUUAUAAACACCGAGGAAACACCAAUUUGUUGCUAACUAACAAAUCCUACGCAGGAAUGAAGCUGAAGGACAAAAUGUAAGGCAAGAAAAAAGGGUGACAGCUGAUACCCCAGACAGCUCUAUUCGAGUUUAUGAAUGAUUUACUCUUAAGGGUGGCAGGACUUGAUGCAAAUGAGUGUAGAGGAGACUGUCAGCUGCGCUGCGGUUCAACCAAUAGAAGCUCAGCUCCAUCUUGGCUAUGCACUAGACUGCAUUACAAUCAGACGAUACCAUCGCUUCAACAGCAGCCUUUCAGACAAGAGCCACUAUUUCCCAAUUCAGUCCCAGAACGUGAAGUUUAAAGGAGCGGAACUAGGAGCCAAAAAUACACUGAACCAAGAAGAUUCAAAAGAGUGAUACAAGAAGUGAAAUCUCUAAGAAUGGCCUCCCUGAGCUCCAGCCUCUGGAAUGAAACCACUACAUCUGUUUAUCAGUAUCUUGGUUUUCAAGUUCAAAAAAUUUACCCUUUCCAUGAUAACUGGAACACUGCCUGCUUUGUCAUUCUGCUUUUAUUUAUAUUUACAGUGGUCUCUUUAGUGGUGCUGGCUUUCCUUUACGAAGUCCUUGACUGCUGCUGCUGUGUAAAAAACAAAACUGUGAAAGAUUUGAAAAAUGAACCUAACCCUCUCAGAAGUAUGAUGGACAACAUCAGAAAACAUGAAACUGAAGUGGUCUAGUGCUCUACAUAAGAUGAACAAAAUCUUUGAAGACUGCCUUCAACUUUUGAGGAAAAAAAAAUUUUCUCAGGCCAACUGUUAUUACAAAAUUGACUGACUUUGAAUGAUUAAAAGAUUUCUACUAGAAGGGAAAAUCAAGUUAAAUAUGUACUUUCUGUGUGUGUAUCCCUUUCAUUAAAUACACAGUAAAACUUCACAAAUGUGAAUAAUUUACCAAUUUCUUUAAAAUGACAUUUCAAAAACUAGAUAAAAGAUUCCUAGAACUCAGUCCUGACCAGAGUGGCUCAGCUGGUGGGAGCAUCGCCCUACAACCAAACAGUUGUGGAGUCGGUUCCCAGUCAGCGUACAUGCCUCAGUUGCAGGUUCUAGCCCCGGUCCAGGAGCAUACCAGAGGCAACCAGGAUCAAUGUUUGCCUAUCACUCUCCCUACCUCUCUCCCUAAAAACAGUGAAAAACAAAUGUCCUCUGGUGGGGGUGAAAAAAAAUUUAAAAAUUAAAAGAUUCCUAGAAUUCAAUAUUAAGCAGCAAAAG